AUGACCGAAGAACGCAGCCGCAGCCUCCUCAAAUGGCCACUCACCCCUCCCGAUUCCUCCGAUCCCCAAACAACCAAAGACGUCUCUUCCGUCGUAACAGCAAUCCAUGUGAUCUCAACCGAGCGAGCAGCCCUCGCCCACCUGGAACACAUCUACCAAACCGAUGCGCGAGCACAGCACGACCUCGCCCGCGCCGUAGAACAGAUUGCGCGCAGCGUGCGGGAUGGCGGCAAAUUGGUGGUUUGUGGCGUGGGCAAGAGUGGCAAGGUUGGGCGCAAGAUCGAGGCCACGAUGAAUAGUCUGGGCGUGUACAGCGCGUUCCUGCAUCCGACUGAGGCUUUGCAUGGGGAUCUGGGAUUGGUUCGGCCGAAUGAUACUAUUCUUUUAAUUUCUUUUUCGGGUCGUUCGCCUGAGUUGCUUUUAUUGCUUCCGCAUAUUCCUGCUACGGUGCCUAUUAUCGCUCUUACUUCUCAUAUACAUCCGUCCGCAUGUCCGUUGCUCGCGUUGCAUGGGCCUUCUGGGAUGGGCAUUUUGUUGCCUGCUCCCAUUCAUGAGGAUGAAGAUGCCUCUUUUGGUGUCAGCGCUCCCACUUCCUCGACGACAGUGGCUUUGUCACUAGGCGAUGCGCUGGCGAUUGCUACAGCGCGCAAGCUGCAUACUACUCCUGGCAAGGGUCCUGCAGAGGUCUUUCGAGGGUUCCAUCCUGGUGGUGCUAUUGGCGCUGCUGCAGCGGGUACACCGUUGACAACGCCUUCGAGUGGCGUGUCGACAACGUUUGACUCUCCGGUCUCGUCUGUAUCGCUCUCGCUUCCGUGGGAAGAGAUUGGCAGUACUUCGUUGAUUCCUCCUUUUAACCUUCAACAACCACCUGCGCAACGCCGGAUUUCUCUAGAUAUGUUGAUUUCACUUGACCAAAUCCCUACUGCCUCGUCUCCAUCGUCAUCUUCACCUGGCGAUGUACGAUUACUCGAUAUCCUCCUUACAGCAAUUCAGCACCCUAAUGCGAAAUCAUGGGUCUUUUUGUCACCUCAUGAAAUCAUCCCUCCCAGACAGACCCGCUCUUUGCUGUCGCCGGGUGGAAACAUGGAUAUGCGUGUUUCCGAUGUUAUGACCGAGAAUCCUAACACUCCAUUUACCAUCCAUCGAAGCAGGUGGCUCCUGGUUCCAGACUCAACACCGCUCGCCGAUCUCCGACACAAAGUAUCUGCAUCCCGAAAUGGGCCGCACCCAAUCUCGGUGGUUGCUGUAGUGAAGGACAUGAACUACCCCGACAGUUGCAUCGGAGUGAUGGAAGCAGAGGAUCUUCUGGAUGCGUGA